AUGGCGUCUGUCGAACCACCGCCGAAUGCGGGCUCCCUUGAAGAGUCCAAACAAGAUCCUUCCCCUACGUCUGGCGACAAAGGGGAUCAACCAUCACAGCCGCCAAAAAAAGCGACAGUCAGGAAGAGGACGAAAACCGGAUGUCUGACGUGCCGGCGACGCCGCAUUAAAUGUGACGAAGGCAAGCCCACCUGCAACAACUGCGUCAAAUCCAAACGAGAUUGCGAGGGGUACAGUCAGAGACUCACCUUCAAGGAGCCUCUCGGUUCGUUUCCUGGUAGCCACCUCUAUGGUCAUCCCGUCUACCACCGGCAAGUUCAACAACAGCUGGUCAACGCACAAAUCUCCGCGGCGCAAACCAAAUCUGCAUCGUCGCAAGGAUCACUUGCCGUCAUCGCUCCAAAACCACCACCGGUGGACUUUUCCACCCCCGCGCCUUUUCCCCUGGGGCAGGAAUAUGGAGGCCCGUCGAAUGCUGGAGGUCCAAGUUUCGACCAAGCACAACGGUUACCGAGUCCCCCCUUUCUGGGCCCGGACUCCAAUCUCUUCCCUGAUCACCUUGCCCAGCCCACUCAUGGAGAUCUGGCUGCACAUGGUCAAUUCUUUGAAUACACGCCGGCACCCGUACAAGGCUUUCAGCACCCCCCAGGCGAGGCAGAUGUGGCACCCGCGUAUACUGGGCACCACCCGCCCGUGUCUGGUCCCGAACAGUCCCUAGCUUCCCCAGAGAGCGGUGGCGAAAGGUUAAACCAACCCUUGUCCACCGAGGAGGAGUACUGGGACUCAGACGAUGAAGCAUCCAUGCCUGAGUCGGAUGACGAAGUCCCGCCAAACCCGCACCUCUUUCAUCUCGAGUCGAAUGACCUUGGUAUCCAGGUGGCCAGACGGCUGGAGCCACAACAGGAUUUGUACGGGGUGCGAGUUAGGUCGUUCGGCGGCUUGAUUGACGAAAACAUACUCGACACAUACACGCCAUCCUCGGCCAGCUCGCCCCUAAACGACAGUCAAACGGCAACGGUAUUCUGGUACUUCGUCAAUGUCACGGGCCAAGUCAUGUCCCUAUACGAGAGGCACCCGUUUGACCCUACCCCUAUGUUCCGGGGCCAUCCUGUUCCCAAACAGCGCCAGCAGAUAUGGACUUAUACCUUUCCCAUCAUGGCGUUCAACCAUCCGGCACUGAUGCAGGCUAUGCUUGCGCUAGGUAGUCUACAAAUCGCCAAGCUCCAGGGCACACCCCCUACUGCCGCCAUGAAGCAUUACCACCUCAGCCUGAGAAGAACGGCGAAGAACUACCAAAGUUUCCACCGACGCACCCAACCAGCGACACUAGCAGCCACACUUUUGCUCGGAUUUUAUGAAGUCUGGAAUUCAGACCACGACAAAUGGUGCAAGCACAUGUGGGGAGCCCGUGCCAUCAUUAGGGAUAUCCCCCUCCGGCAGCUGACGCGGGAGGUGCUUGCCUAUAAGCGGAGGCAGAAAGAAGAGAUGCUGCGAAACCACCAGUGCAACGAAAUAUGUUUUGCUGCGCAUGGGGAUCUCAGCGUGGACUCUGGGGCAGUCGACACCGACCUGAUCUCUCAGAUAACCGGCCAGAAGGUCGACUACGACAUCGCCGAGGGCCACGUUAUAGGGGGCUCAUCUCGGCCGUCACGCCUCACAGAACGUGACGUUGAGACGUAUGAGCAGAUCCGCGACCUCUAUUGGUGGUAUUGUAAGAUGGAUGUUUACCAGAGUUUCCUUGGCGGGACUCGGCCGUUGAUGGAAUACCACCAGUGGACGCAAUGUGCGCCGCGCGGCCCAUUUGGGAGGAUAGACGCAAUUUAUGGUUCCUUUGACUUCUCGCUAUUGUUACUCGGACGCGUAGCCGACUUUGCGUCUCGUGAUCUUGCACGGAAGCGGAAGGCGAGAAAAGCACAGGGCCCGGGACCCGGUCAGGGUCCUCCGGGGAUGGGCCCUCCCGGCGGCCCGCCUCCGGGGCAAGGCCCAGGAGUUGGUCGGGGUCAAUCACCCCCUUCGUUCCCGGGCCUGAUGCCAACCUCGGGCCGGGUCACGAUACCCCGAGGGUUCACCCCGCCCCGCGAGUCAUCCCCGCCGAGCGACUCGGCCGAAAACAUAGACCUUGACGCCUCCACCGCUGAUGCAAUGCGGGAGUGGGGGGAGAUCCGGCAAGCCUUCGACAUCUUCCACGCGCGCUUCGGUCCGGAUUUUGAGCCCCUAGGCCCUGACGUUGUGCCGCCCGAGAUGACUCCGUUCGGCCCCGCCCUCACGUACCGGACGUACAGCAUCGCGGGCAUCUGGAUGACCUACUACAUGGGCUUGAUCGUGCUGCACAGGGCCCACCCGUCCAUGCCGCCUGUCGCCGUGAUUGCCGCGGGGAUGGCGGCACCGCAGACGGGCAAGUGGGCGAACGAGAUCGCCCGCAUCUGCGCGGGCUUGCAGGAGGAUGCCACGCAUGUGACGAGCGCCAGCACGCUGGUGGGUGCGGCAUUCAUCGAGAGCUGUUUCCCUCUCUUUGUAGCCGGUGUUCAGUUCCGCGACCUCCACCAACGGCACUGGGCGAUCCGGCGGCUGCGCGACGUGGCGCGGCUCACGGGGUGGCAGUCGGCGCGGCAGAUCGCCGACGGGUGCGAGUCCGGGUGGCACAAGGCGGCCGAGAUGGGGCGGGGACCCCCCUACCACAGCCCGCCCGAGCUGGGCCCGCUGUUCCCGGACUCGGUGUGGGACCGGCCGCGCCGCAUCGACCGCCGCAUCCAGGAGCUCGGCGAAGACGGCCGGCUGGUGCUGGCCAAGUCGGAGCAGACGCACUAUGCGCUGGGGUUGUUGGGGGUGGAGCGGGAUUUUGAUACAUUGGGGAUUGAUGAUGAGGGGGCGGCGGGGGAGUUCAAGGGGGUUGGGAGUGAGGGUGAAGAGGGGUUGGGGGAGGAGGAGGGGGGGGAUAUGGGAGGGUGGUGA